CUUUGUUAUCAAACAACAGCUGCUUGAUGUAAUAUAAAGUUGUGAAAAUGUUAAAGUGAUAAAAGUACUUUUAAAAGGCCGAUUGUUUUCGUUAUGGAUAAACUUCCAUUAGAAAUUUUGGAGAACAUAUUAAUAAAUCCCAAAUUGAAGAUCCAGGAUGUUAUUAACCUUUCUUCAACAUGCCAUUUCCUAAGAAACAGCGUAGUUUCUAGCAAUAAAAUAUGGAAGUACCAGUUUUUUAACACGUGGCCCUCACUGUGGGAUAUAUUUGCAAAACUUCCCCCAACUUGUUACUACCAUGAAAUCCAGUACAUUUUUAGCCUUAAACAGAUAACCAGGGAGAUGUUGGAUACCAUGCCCCCAAGGUUUUAUAAAAAGUUGGAGUUAUCCGAUUCGGAUAUGGAGGAAUGGGGGGAAUUGAUGGCAAAAAGGGAUUUGAAUUAUAACUAUUUGGUGCUCGAUUUAAUGGAAAUUGUUAAUACUCAUGUUCCUAUUAUGAGCAUUGAAAUGGUGCCACUUAAUACUACAGGCAACAAGACGCUGCAGUACUACGGGAGCAAAGUGCUGCGCUACAUCCGGCAACUGCGCCUGGCCAAAGUCUGGAAAGACUUUAUAUCCCUCCCGCCGCGCCGCCAAGUGCUGGAAAUCGGCGCGGUGAUCGUCGCGCAGUGGUGCCAGCCGAACGUGGACGUCGACUUCGACGACAUAUCCCUCAAGCUCGACGAAAUAGCCGACAAAGUGAGGCAGCGUUUGCGCGAAGCGAACCCGAACCACUCGCUGUUCAAAGUGCCGAAGCCCGUGCUGGAUCUGUGGAGGGUGGAGAAUCUGUCGAAGAAUCAGUUUAACGUUUUCGAAUCGCGGCAGCUGAUCGCCACGCUUCGCGAGGAGAUCUUCGUCAAGAUGGGGUUCAGCGGGAACAACCAGGCGUACUACAUGCCUCAGAAUUCGUUUAUCAACGAGGUGCUGGAUAAAAGGCAGGGUUUACCUAUUACUUUGUCCAUUGUGUUCGAGGCUGUAGCUAGGCGUUUAGGGUUGAGGUGCGAACCUAUUAGUUUUCCAGCGCAUUUUCUGUUGAGGUUUACUGAGAGUUUGGAGAAAGGGUCCGAUUGGUACUACAUCGAUGUUUUUAACGGUAGAAAAGUUGUCAGAAGAGGCGCGUGCCCUCAUAGCCGUCUAUCGGAAACAAACCAAAUGUUUCCAGUGGCAACGGCAGUUCAAGUUGUGGAAAGAAUGGCCAACAAUCUCGAAGUGUCGUCCAGACAACACACACAUCCAAACGGGCGCAUAACGCGCGUGCGCUCCAGCUUGGAACUACUAAAAGUGGUCAACCCUCAAGACCUGUCAGCUCUGGUAUCUUUGGCCCGUCUUUACAUGCUUCACAACAUGGAUACAAAACCUCUAGAACACUUUCUCCUAUCGCAAGAAUUCCACGUGCCAGAGCAAGCCCAAAGAGUCGUGCACAUGCUCAGAGACUACGAAGCUCACCACUCCAUGAAUGGGGCCGAAAUUUUCCCCCAAAUAAAAGCGGCUCGCCGCACUGAAAACCUCAAAUUCGCCGUCGGGAUGGUUAUGACGCACCUGGCGUUAAACUACAAAUGCGUUAUCUACGACUGGGAUUUGGUGUGUUUGGCUGAUCGCGAAUGGCAGAUACAAAAUAAUGUGGACAAAUUGAAUUUGAAGGACAAACAGCCUUUUUAUAAUGUUUUGGUGGAGGAUGGGUCUCGUCGAUAUGUUGCACAAGAAAAUUUAAGGCCGACGGAAAACACGGGUUUUCUGUAUCUGAACGACGAGGUGGGACGUCAUUUUUCGCACUUUUUCGAAACCCAUUAUGUCCCGAACGCGGAAAAAGAAAAAGAAUAUCCAGCCGAUAAAAAAGUGCGCCACAUGUUCUAUCAACAAAUGAAGAUAGACACAAGACAAAUGGAUCAGCUUUAAAGAUUAUUUAUUUUUGUUGAAUUAAUAUUAUUUUUAUUUAUGUCGCUUCCUUUGAUAUUUAUCUAUGAUUUUAAGCAGUCAGAUGUUGUCAAAAUGACAGUAUAACCUAACUCUUUCUAAAAAUGACAUUUGGCGGCGAAAAGUCUGGAAACUUCUAGUCAAGAAGACUAAAUUAAAGAAGAGUGUGCCCCCACCUAGCAAGUAACUCCUCCUCGUUUUAGUCUUUUUGAUUUAGUGUUAUGUAAAAUAUGCACUUUAGUAAAUAAAUUAAGGUUGCACUAAUACAUAUGUAUAUAAACUAUGUAAACUUGUGGUAGGCAAAUUUUUUAUUUAUUGAUAUCAAAAGUUGCGGCCAUUUUUAUAGAUUUUCAGUUAAAUUACGUAUUUGUUAUGUAAGAUUUUUGUUUAAGGGUUUAUUUUGAUCAAAAAAAAUUAAUAAAUCUUUGAACAAAAGUUCGUUAAAAAGCUUUUUAGUUCAGUACUGUUAUUUGUUAAUAAAAGACAAUAUAAUAUUUGGUAUAAAUUGUAAUUUAAUUUAUUUAAUGUAAAC